AUGCACUCCUCCAACAUUGCUUCCAGAACUGCCUGGACAAACUGGCCUUCAACAAUUUCUCUUCAACAUUCCCUGUUGUCCUGCACAUCCACUACUGAAUCUGAAACAUACGCUCUUCUUACAAUUACUGAACACCUUCCUCACAAUUGUCAUUCUACCAUCAUCAAAAACUUCACCAAUUCUGCUUACUUUCUUAAUUAUCCUACUUACAAUUCUCACAGUAUUAUCAUUAUACCUGAAUUCAUCGAAAUCUUCAAAGGCUUUGUGUCUCAGAAACUCACAACCUUCUUCAAAGCUCAAAAUAUCUCUCACAAAUAUGCCUCUCACAUGUUCACUCCUUCGUCACAUGGUUCACAAAAAAAGGAAGAAAACUUAUUUGGAAUUUCCGAUACAUCAUUCAAACCUCCAUUGACAAAUCUCCAUUGA